ACAGUUGGGGAUCCAGAUACAAAUUCGGGGCAGAGGAAUGGAAGAUUAGAAAACUAGAAUUUGCUAGGCAGGCCAGUGGGAGGGUCCUUUUGUGAUGAAAUGUUGCAUAAACAAUGCCGAUGGGGGUCUAAAUUCACUGUUGCCAUGGAGACCUUUGUGCCUGGCUGAACUCAAUUCUUUUCUCUUUUAAGACGGCAACCACUAGGCUUGCGGUGUCUUGAUGCUUCUUGUUUUGCUUUCUCUUAAACUGUUUGCAAGUGAAAGCAGGAAUAAAACUAUGAUAAUUCGGCGUCCUGACUUUUUUGAGGCUGUUUUUCCACGCCGUUCGUGAUUUCUGAGCUCCUCGGGGGUUCCUGGUGCGGGGAGGGAGGAGCGGAUGGGAGAUCGCCAGGAACCGCCCGCACCGCUGCCCGGGAAGGAGGGAAAAGUAACCCCUCAUCUUUGUGACUAGUCGACUUGUUUGCCUCGACUACAGUUUUGAAGUAUUUAAGGACCGUUUGUUUCCAAAGGAAUUACAGUUUGAAAGGCUGACCCGAGAGCUGGAGGCAGAACGCCAGAUCGUCGCCAGCCAGCUGGAGCGAUGCAAGCUCGGAUCGGAGACCGGCAGCAUGAGCAGCGUCAGUUCAACAGAAGAGCAGUUUCACUGGCAAUCACAAGAUGGUCAAAAAGAUAUCGAAGAUGAGCUCACAACAGGUCUUGAACUGGUGGACUCCUGUAUUAGAUCCCUGCAGGAAUCAGGAAUACUUGACCCACAAGACUAUUCAACAAGCGAAAGGCCCAGCCUGCUCUCCCAGAGUGCACUUCAGCUCAAUUCCAAACCUGAAGGGUCCUUCCAGUAUCCAGCAGGCUACCAUAGCAACCAGACCCUGGCCCUGGGGGAGACCGCCCCGACGUCGCAGCUCCCCGCCCGCAGCACACAAGUCCGAGGUGCGGGCCAGAGUUUCAGCCAGGGCACCACGAGCCGCGCGGGCCACCUGGCGGGGCCCGAGCCCGCGCCGCCGCCGCCGCCGCGGGAGCCGUUCGCGCCCAGCCUGGGCAGCGCCUUCCACCUGCCCGACGCGCCGCCCGCCGCCGCCGCCGCCGCCGCCGCGCUCUACUACUCGAGCUCCACGCUGCCCGCGCCGCCGCGCGGGGGCUCCCCGCUGACCGCGCCCCAGGGCGGCUCGCCCACCAAGCUGCAGCGCGGAGGCUCGGCCCCCGAGGGCGCCGCCUACGCCGCGCCGCGCGGCUCCUCGCCCAAGCAGUCGCCCAGCCGCCUGGCCAAGUCCUACAGCACCAGCUCGCCCAUCAACAUCGUCGUGUCCUCGGCCGGCCUGUCCCCGAUCCGCGUGACCUCGCCCCCCACCGUGCAGUCCACCAUCUCCUCCUCGCCCAUCCACCAGCUGAGCUCCACCAUCGGCACGUACGCCACCCUGUCGCCCACCAAGCGCCUGGUCCACGCGUCCGAGCCCUACAGCAAGCACUCGCAGGAGCUGUAUGCCACGGCCACCCUCCAGAGGCCGGGCAGCCUGGCAGCUGGGUCCCGGGCCUCGUACAGCAGCCAGCACGGCCACCUGGGCCCAGAGCUGCGGGCCCUGCAGUCCCCAGAGCACCACAUAGACCCCAUCUAUGAAGACCGCGUCUAUCAGAAGCCUCCCAUGAGGAGUCUCAGCCAGAGCCAGGGGGACCCUCUGCCGCCAGCACACACCGGCACGUACCGCACGAGCACAGCCCCAUCUUCCCCCGGUGUCGACUCCGUCCCCUUGCAGCGCACAGGCAGCCAGCAUGGCCCGCAGAGCGCCACCGCGGCCACCUUCCAGAGGGCCAGCUACGCCGCCGGCCCGGCCUCCAACUACGCCGACCCCUACCGACAGCUGCAGUAUUGUCCUUCUGUGGAGUCGCCCUACAGCAAGUCCGGCCCUGCCCUCCCGCCCGAAGGCACCCUGGCCAGAUCGCCGUCCAUCGACAGCAUCCAGAAAGAUCCCAGAGAAUUUGGAUGGAGAGACCCGGAACUGCCAGAAGUGAUCCAAAUGUUGCAACAUCAGUUUCCUUCGGUCCAGUCUAAUGCGGCGGCCUAUUUACAGCACCUCUGCUUUGGAGACAAUAAAAUUAAAGCCGAGAUAAGGCGACAAGGGGGCAUCCAGCUCCUGGUGGACCUGCUGGAUCACCGGAUGACGGAAGUCCACCGCAGUGCCUGUGGCGCCCUGAGAAACCUGGUGUACGGGAAGGCCAACGAUGACAACAAGAUCGCCCUGAAGAACUGCGGCGGCAUCCCGGCGCUGGUGAGGCUGCUCCGCAAGACCACCGACCUGGAGAUCCGGGAGCUGGUCACAGGAGUCCUUUGGAACCUCUCAUCUUGCGACGCACUCAAAAUGCCCAUCAUCCAGGACACGCUGGCAGUGCUGACCAACGCGGUGAUCAUCCCCCACUCAGGCUGGGAAAAUUCACCCCUCCAGGACGAUCGGAAGAUCCAGCUGCACUCCUCACAGGUGCUGCGAAAUGCCACUGGAUGCCUAAGGAACGUUAGUUCAGCCGGAGAGGAAGCCCGCAGGAGGAUGCGGGAGUGUGACGGGCUCACGGACGCGCUGCUCUACGUGAUUCAGUCUGCGCUGGGGAGCAGUGAGAUUGACAGCAAGACCGUGGAAAACUGUGUGUGCAUAUUAAGGAACCUGUCGUACCGGCUGGCAGCGGAAACGUCUCAGGGACAGCACGUGGGCACGGAUGAGCUGGACGGGCUGCUCUGUGGGGAGGCCAACGGCAAAGACGCAGAGAGCUCCGGGUGCUGGGGCAAGAAGAAGAAGAAGAAGAAAUCCCAAGACCAGUGGGAUGGAGUAGGACCUCUUCCAGACUGUGCAGAACCACCAAAAGGGAUCCAGAUGCUGUGGCACCCAUCCAUAGUCAAACCCUACCUCACACUGCUCUCUGAGUGCUCAAAUGCAGACACGCUGGAAGGCGCAGCAGGCGCCCUGCAGAACUUGGCUGCAGGGAGCUGGAAGUGGUCAGUAUAUAUCCGAGCUGCUGUCCGGAAAGAGAAAGGCCUGCCCAUCCUUGUGGAGCUGCUCCGUAUAGAUAAUGACCGCGUGGUGUGUGCCGUGGCCACGGCUCUCCGGAACAUGGCCUUGGACGUCAGGAAUAAGGAGCUCAUCGGCAAGUACGCCAUGCGAGACCUGGUCCACAGGCUCCCGGGUGGGAACAACAGCAACAACGUGGCGAGCAAGGCCAUGUCGGACGACACGGUGACAGCGGUCUGCUGCACCCUGCACGAAGUGAUCACCAAGAACAUGGAGAACGCCAAGGCCUUACGGGAUGCCGGCGGCAUUGAGAAGUUGGUCGGCAUAUCCAAAAGCAAAGGAGACAAACACUCUCCAAAGGUGGUCAAGGCCGCAUCUCAGGUCCUAAACAGCAUGUGGCAGUACCGAGAUCUGAGAAGUCUCUACAAAAAGGAUGGAUGGUCCCAGUAUCACUUCGUAGCCUCAUCUUCAACCAUCGAGAGGGAUCGGCAAAGACCCUACUCCUCCUCCCGCACGCCCUCCAUCUCCCCUGUGCGCGUGUCUCCCAACAACCGCUCAGCAAGUGCCCCAGCUUCACCUCGGGAAAUGAUCAGCCUCAAAGAAAGGAAAACGGACUAUGAGUCCACUGGCAGCAACGCCACUUACCACGGACCUAAAGGAGAACACACUUCCAGGAAAGACACCAUGACAGCUCAGAAUACUGGAAUUUCCACUUUGUACAGGAAUUCAUAUGGUGCGCCCGCUGAAGACAUCAAACACAACCAGGUUUCAGCACAGCCAGUCCCCCAGGAGCCCAGCAGAAAAGAUUACGAGACCUACCAGCCGUUUCCAAAUUCCACGAGAAACUAUGACGAGUCCUUCUUCGAGGACCAGGUCCACCACCGCCCUCCUGCCAGCGAGUACACCAUGCACCUGGGACUCAAGUCCACCGGCAACUACGUCGACUUCUACUCCGCUGCCCGUCCCUACAGUGAACUGAACUAUGAAACGAGCCACUACCCGGCCUCCCCCGACUCCUGGGUGUGAGCAGGGAGGCACGCGGCGCCGGGAACAGUGCAUGUGCAUGCAGACCACAGACAUUGCUUUUUUUUUUUUUUUUUUCCCCUGCAAAUUUAGUUUGUUAAAGCCUGUUCCAUAGGAAGGCUAUGAUAACCAGUAAGGAAAUACUCAGAGCUAUUUUAGAACGCUAAAUGAGUUGAAAGCUAACUUGAAAGGCAGUAGAAAGCUAAAGUGAGCCUAAAUCUGACAUCACGCGACACUUUUGUAGGGCAGGCUGUAGGGUCUAAAAAGUGCUUUGCACCGAAUGUGGCCGAAGGCAGCACAGGGGGCGGUCGGGGUGACGGGCGCGAGGGUUAUAAGCACAGAGGCAGCGUAGCUCACACACUUCAGAGGGACGGCUUCUCACGCUUUGUUUACUCCCUUCGUCCGUUGUGAUUCUAGGCUUCAAGUUGCAUUGGGGUUCCUCUGUACAGCAAGACGUUUCUUGCCUUUUGUUAAUGCGUUGUUGUAAAGUAUUUGAUGUACAUUACAGAUUAAAGAAGAAAAGCGCGUUGUGUAUAUUACACCGAUGCCGCGGCGUUUCCUCAUCUAUGGUUCUAAAUAUUGCUUCAAUUUCAAACUUUUGAAAGAUGUAUGGAUUUCCAGGGUUUUUUUUUUUUCCUUUCUUUUCUUUCUCCCAGUAUGUUUUAACAGAAAAAAAAAUGGGGAAAAAAAGGAAUAUUUAGCAGUAUUGUUCGUUCUGAUAUGUGACUUUGUUUGUGGCAACUAAGCAAGGUAUUCAGCAGUUUCUGACAAUUAACAUACAUCAUUCCACACUCCUUGUCAACAAAGUGCUUUUUCACUGCCUAAAAUUUUAGAUGUAGAUAUUUGAAAUAGAUUUUUUCAUUUAUACCAGUUUUCUUUAUGAUGAUACAGUGUUAAAAGAAAAUAAAUUACAAUUGAUCUGUCA